UAAUAUAAAACAAGUGAAAGUGAGAUUUCGUUUGCAACCGUUCCUGCCGGAUAAAGCUGGUUGUCCUUACAUUUUUCUAACAUUAUUCUUAAGUCGACGGCCGAUAACAACUUACAAUGAUCAGCACCACCAACGAUCUGCUGCGGAACAUUGCUGGACUGUGUCGGGUAUGCUCAGCUCCAGGAUCGCACAGUCUGUUCGCCAAAAUCCCUCCAUAUUUGCAUGAGCACCCGCGGGAGUGUCCCCGUUGGUCAAUGCCGAUCUGCAAACUUGUCACCGAAGUGGCCGGUAUCGAAAUCAACGAAGACGACGAGUUGCCGCAAAAAAUUUGCGUCGUGUGCAUAUCCUAUCUGAAGCACGCCUAUACUUUCCGCCGGCAAACGAUCGAUAAUGUUGCCGCGGUCCUAGCGGCUAGAUAUUUAAUUGGAUUGGAAACGCAGUGUGAAAAGGGCAUCAUCAGGAGUGGUAGUAGUAGCGGUAAAGAUGCAGAACUUAUAUCGACGUUUUUGGUCCCGGCAGCGGUCGUUCGGACUGAAGUAUCCGAUGUUGCAAAUAGAAUGAUGAACGUGGCCCCGAAUGGGUCCAUUUCUUUCCAGAAAAACUUGGAUAAGGAAGUAAUGCAGCACAUUUUGGGUGGAAAUGUUAAAGCCAAGAAGAAACAAAAUAAUGUUGAAGAAGAACAACGAUAUGUUAACGGCGCUGAGAAUUACAGAAAUGAGGUGUCUCCUAUGGAGACGGGAGGUUAUUUUACGUACACCGAAAAAGAGUUUGAGGAAGACGAUGUCAUGGAGUUGGACGUUCUAAAAGAGCACAACAUAGCUUUUAAUCUGCCGGUUGACUAUAAGGAGAAGAAAUGUCCUUCGUGUAGAAAACGUUUCAUGUUUGACGACUCGCUGAGUGAGCAUCUUGAAAAAUGCCUGCAGUUCAAAUUAAUUAAGUUUAUUCGUGAGGUUUAUCAUCUUCUCUGUCUCAAAGAAAGCCGUGCAAUUUCAUCGUUCGAAUUCAUUCGACGGGUGGUGUUUGCGAUUCGCAGGAGUGUCGACCAGAUUGCGACACUUGAUGGUGAAGUCGAAGAUAGGGAAGAUGAGGAGGAAAAUGUUCAACCUUUGGCGCAGGUCGCGGAAACACCGCCAGUGGAAGUUCGGAAAUCUUAUUUGAAAAAUCUGGAAAAAUUGCGCACAAGUUACAAUCAAGAAGGAAAUAAAAUUCCUUCGCCUGCGUUAACGCAGCCUAUUGAGGACGGCCGAAGUUCUAUAACAACCGGAUCUACCUCCAUAUCCCCGGCUGUGACCGCGACACGCUGCGAGGAAUGUCAUGUCCAGUUCGAAACAGUCACCGAACUGGAAGCGCACAGUCUUAACUACCAUCGCGAACUUCCGCCGGGUUCAACCCUCAACAAUCAACACCCUAUUUUGCCUUUUCCCAAGCAAGUUUUACAGUUGGCGGAAAAGGACGUCUCGUUGAUUAAAAAUCAACUUAUAUCGAAUACACCGGAGCCGACCGUCGAGGGCGGUGGUUCACCCAGUGAGGAUAGUUUUAAAACGGUGCAAUGUUCUACGUGCAAAAAGCGCUUUUAUAUGAUAUCUCAGUUGGACGAGCAUCGCAUUCGGUACCACACGCAGAAGCCUUCCCGAAAGAAGCAAUCACAUUCCAACCAAGGCAGCCCGCUCGACAACACUCCGAAAAAUCUUAACGAUACUUACUUCCACACCAUGGAACAACUUAAAAAUAUUAAGUAACCAAUCCGUUUGGUUGGCCUUUGCUUACGAAGACGAUAUUGUUUGUAUUACCCGUUUGUUUAUUAAUCUGUAUACCUGGUUCGUUGUUUUUAUUUUCUAAAACAUUUGAUCGUUUCGAUUCGUGAUUUUAACUAUAGGUUUACAGCACGUAACGUGUAAUUUUAAGGCUCAAUUUUUUACCGGUAGCCGGGUAGCCGGCCUUGAUCAUAUACAAAACGACGGCUUGCAUCUUGCACUAAAAUGCUAUACAACGCUUAACUAUACGAUACGAUAUCAUACGAAUUCUGUGAAGUUUUA